AUUAAUUUUAAAAAAGUUUUACUGUAUUAAGAAAUUUUUUAAUUAACAGUAGCAAUAAAUACAUAAUUGUUUUUUAAUGUUUUAGUUUAGGGUAUUUUGUUUCACCUCGUCUUCAUCAGAUCUGCUGGUCUCUUUUUAGAUGGCAUUGGUUGUUAUCUGUGGUCAGCCAUGUAGCGGGAAAUCAACAGCUGCAGCUUGUUUAUCUGAAGCACUUAGACAAACGGAACCAGAACCAUCUGUUAGAACUAUAGAUGAAACUUCAUUUCAUCUUAGUCGCAACCAAAGCUAUGCGAACAUGACCGAGGAAAAGAAUUUAAGAGGUGUAUUGAGGUCUGAAGUUGACAGAUCUUUGUCAAAGGACAGUAUAGUUAUAGUGGAUUCUCUUAAUAGCAUCAAGGGCUAUAGAUACGAGUUAUGGUGUUUGGCUAGAGCAGCAGGGAUUAGAUAUUGUGUUGUCCAUUGUGACGUUGAUGAGCAAUCUUGUAGAACAUGGAACGUCGAACGUUGUGAGAGAGGAGAACCAUCUUACGAUGAUAAUAUAUUUGAAGAUCUUGUAAGAAGGUUUGAAAGGCCAGAUAGCAAAAAUAGAUGGGAUUCUCCAUUGUUCGAGUUAUGGCCAGCUAAAGAAGGAAUUGAUAAAUCAUCUGCAGCUAUGGUUGAUGCUGUUACCUAUCUUACGAAAAAAGUAGACUCGAAAACGAGAGAUGUUAAGAUCCUACAACCGACCAUCGCGACACAGACUGCACGUGGUUCUGAGGCCAAUUCUUUAUAUGAGAUGGACAGGGCAACGCAAGAAAUUACAAAUGCCAUCGUGGAAGCACAGUCCCGCGCUCUUGGGGGUCCUCUCAAUGGUGUGUCUCUUGGUCCAGGAAUACCAACUAUAGAUAUUUCGAGAUCUGUCAGCCUGCCAGAGCUGCGUAGGCUACGACGAACUUUCAUCAAACUUGCUGGACAGACGAGCUUGAGCGGGCCACCUCCGCCUUCAGAUGCUGAUAGUGCAAAAAGGAUGUUUGUUGAUUACUUAAACAGAGAACUAGGAAGUGGUUGAAAAAUUAUGUCACAAUUAAGGUACACAUGGAGGGUUUGAUAGUUUUGACGGUUAUAAAUGGGCUACUUGAGUAACUGUAAGGGCAUUUUUGGACCAAACUGAGAUGGUGGUUACAAGUAAUCCUACUUUUUUUCAAAUAAUCAAGGGGAAUUAUUGGCCCUUCUUAGAGAAGGGCUGAUUUGGAUUGAUCAAUCUUGACUUACUGUAAAAUUACAUGCAUUUUUAUGGUAUAAAGAAUGUUUUGUAGUGUAUAAUUUAACAUGUUAUACUAUUUUUUUCCAGAAUAUUUAUCUAAGCGUAAUCCUUUAUAAUUA